AUGGCGCGCCCACCACGAUCCCAGCAACCAAGGGUCAAUAAACCAUCACCACUCCAACAAGUCCAUCUUACACGACCAGUAUCAACUAUGUCAUCUUUAGACCAACCACCGGCGGAAAUGGGAUUGGUGCGCGAUCCGAACUUCUGGAAACGCUUUUCUACUGCCAUUCACGAUGCGGAGAAGGGGGAGGUGGAAAGUAAAAUUAGUCGGGGAUCACGAUCGAACAGUGGUAGUAGUUCUGGGAGUCUUGGAAAGGCGAGCUAUGGCGACGACUGGUUACAACAACAACGAAGGGACAAACGUCGAUGUCGAACCAUCUGCAUUAGCAUCACACUUAUCGUUAUUAUUCUCAUCGCGGCAGCUGCGAUAUGCGGUUGGUAUUUUACGAAAGGACGGAAAUCAUCAUAG